CCUGCUUUAGAUGUAUUACAUCAGUCAUCCUUCCAAGAAAAUUACAAAGUUUAUAGACCAGUUUCAUAUCUGGAAAAUAAAGAUCAAUGUCAAGGAAUACAACAAAUAGAUAACAGAUUCGAAAUUAAUAGCGAUAGUAAUGCUGGAUGGGCAAUACGUGGUCAAAAGAAAACCCAAAAAUACUAUGUCAUUAUAUAUUCGCAAACUCUUGCCAUACAUAGGAAGCCUACAAGGCAAGUAGAAGUCAGUUAUCAUACAUGA